AUGACUCAGGCAGAGGUCGCUGGGGCUCUGCUGGUAGUUGGCGGGGUCUCAGUGGCAUGCUGGAUGAGAAACAAGAAGACAAGAAACACCAUCUUGAAUGCACCCAUACCUCGUCAGCUAGAUCAGUGCAAGAAUUUUUUCAAGGGCUCUUCGGGAAGCGAAGUGAAGGUUCACGAUGAUGCGCUGGUCAAUUGCGAAUCCAAUGACAAGAGGGUUGACGAUGUAGGUGCAGAGAAUCAAUGCUUUGGUCUACUGCGCCAUCUCCAGAUCCUCUCGGAGAAGCGCAACACUCGUUUUCGACCUAUCUUUGUGCGUGUGGUACCAAGAUAUCCGCUUGCCCUCCUUCCCAACUCUGUUCAAGUUCAGUUGCGGACAUGGAUGCCCCAGGCUCUGUUUGCAACACAUUUCGACGCGUUGCAGAAGGAGAGAGUGAAUUUGCUGUCAGGGCCAUUCUCAGGUCUCGUGAUUGCUUCUGGCCGAACGACGGUGUUGUCCAGUCUGUACUUGCGCGAAACGUCUGGAAACUCAGCCUGCUCGAUUCAGAUUCAACAACCGCAUUGUUCAACUCAUUUGUUUGAUGCAGUUGUGUCUCCUAUUCAUGAUGUAAGAUCAUACAAGCAGGAUAUGAAACAAAACCUUUGGAAGCUCCGGGACAACCAGCUCUUCACGAUCGGAUCGUUGCAUGACGUUGAGCCAGUCCGUGACGAGGACAGGAAAUCUUCUUCCCGUCAUCUUUGCCAGCUGCUGCCCCACUUGCAGCAGCAGACGGGGCCUCCAGCCUCGUCCGUUACAGACCUGCUGGUAUCAAUUCUGAUCGGGUCUCCUACCUCCAAAUGCCCCUGGACCUUUCAAGAUCUGACCGGCGAACUGCAAAAUGUCGUGCAGCAGCUGCUCACGAGCACGAAGAAGACGGCCUUCUUUGUCACCCUGUCAAGAAGGACGAGCUGGAAACUAGCUCAGGAGAUCGAAGAAUGGCUUGAAAGGAAGGUCCCGUAUCAUCAGCGAUACUUGUUCUCUCCCGCAAAGCAUGAUGGCAGACCGAACCCCUACACGCACAUGCUCCAUGGAUCCCAAAUCAUUGUGAUCACCGCAGAUUCAGUGAGCAUGGCGUCAGAAGCAAGCAGCACCGGGAAGCAAGUGAUCAUCGCAUGCAGAGGGAGGGUCAGAGGGAAGUUCGUCAAGUUCUUCGAAGUCCUGGAGGAGGUGAUGAUUCUUCGGUAA